AGAGGCACACAGAGCCCUGCUUCAUCCAGGGAACUGCUCCAUUCAUGCUGUGUUUUCCGUCGGAUCGUCUCCUCUUCUGGUUGCUACAACUGAGGCGGUGCUUGGCAUCUGUGUCGUAGGUGGAGAAAGCUGCCAGGACAAGAAUUUUUACUGCACUCCCCCUGCAGAUUAGUUAAACCCCCCCGGGCUGUUGUCCGUCACUUGGAGCAUUUUAAACCUCCGGGGAUUAGCUGUUGUGGUUAUUGCGGAAGGACAUGGCUGACACUUUAAGGAGACUGACGAAUACAUCUUCGUUCAGCGUUUUACAAGACAAGCUGGAGAGCUGGCACCAAGACUACCAUGUGAUUUCUUGUGACCAAAACUUGAACAGAUGUUGUGAGCUGAUAGAGUUAACAUCCAAAAUCCAAGGCCAACUAUUCACCAUCCUUAAUCUGACAGCUGCUGAAGGGGGACACUAUGGUGGAGUGGAUACCCUAAAAACACGCCUGCUGCCAUGGCUCGGUACCUGUUUUUCGAUGGCGAGGCCCUCUGUUACUAAUGACACCAGUCUACAGCUCAUCCAGGAUUCGGUGGAGAAGGACCGGAGAAUCAGGGAGCUCUCUUUCUCCCAUGAGAAUGAUAUGCAGAAGAUGGAGACCCAGCUGUGCUCCACUCGACUCCAGCUGGACUCUGUCAGAUCAGAACUGGCUGAUGCUCAGAAGGAACUGGAUGAUACAAAGAGCAAAUCAGCAACUACUCUUUUGGCCACUGAAGACGAAAUUAUACAACUGAAAGCAGAUUUGCGCUCUGCACAUGAGCAGCUGGACAUUUACAAGAGGAAGUUGGACUCUCUGGAUGACUAUGAGCGACAAAUCCGUUUGCUGAGAGAUGAAGUGUCCUACCUCAGCUCAGAGAAGGCAAUGCUGCAAGAGAGGUUGGUCAGAAGCCGUUCUCCAAGCCCUUUGCCCAGACUGAGCCGCUCCUCCAGCCCCAUUAGGAGUGAGUCACCCACCAGAGCCCAGCUCACAAACUCCUCCCGUCACGCACGCCUCGUAUCCCGCCUCAGUGACCUGUAUGCUGUGGAGCGUCUGGAGGCCCAGACUCUGCUGCGACGCUACAUUUCAGACUUAGAGAUGGUCCAGAAAAUCAUCUUCAUCGCUGUUGUGGAAUCCUUUAGGACAGCAAAGCUGGCUUACCGUCAGUUCAAGCUACGGGUCAGAAAGACACUGUCCUCAUCCCACUUCGGGCCUGAAAGUCUUGAGGAUGCAGCUGUGGACUACAUUGUCAGAAACUUGGACCUCUAUGAUGUACAGGCCAGCGUCAAUGACGUGAUCAACACCAUGAAUGUGAACCCUCGGAUCUCCUUCCCACCAGAAGUGGACUUUGUCCUCAUCAGUACAUUGAUCAGGGAGACAUGCAGGGUGGCCUUUGCCAUGCAGACACUGGAUCCUCCUCUUGACUUGGCUUUUGCCAGUGAUGGUGAACUUUACAGUGAUCUAAGGUAUCGUCGUAGCUACGACUCAGAGUUCAGCGCUCCUCUGGUGAUGUACCAUGUGUGGCCCGCUCUAAUGGAAGGAGAUGCUGUGAUAGUGAAGGGCGAGGCGGUGACUAGAAGAGGUGCUAUGUGGAGUCGGAGCAGGAGCAGGAGUGCCAGCCCUGUACGCUCUCGCUCCCUCAGCCCGACCCGCAGCCUUGCAUUUAACAGCAAAAGAAGCCUGUCUCCUGAACGCCUGACCACUAGCCACCUGUGAACUCUGACCUCUCCAAAAUCCAAACCUGGAAGUGGACACAGAAGCAUUAGCUCACUCAAAUUUGCAUUUAAUCUGUGACAUUAGUCUUUUCUUGUGUUUACCAACCAAAUAUGGCAACCAGAGGCUCCUCACUCUUUACAUUUUUGAGGGCAUUUAUUAGUGAUUGAAUUAUUAUCAAAAGAUG